AUACCUUGAAAAAGUAUGGUGUAUACGUGGGAGUUAAAAACAGGUUCUGUUGUCAAGUUGGAACACUGAUAUUUUCGAAAGUAACAAAGUGUAUAUAGUUGAUUUUACGAUAAACAUUUUUCUGUAAAUCGCAUGGAAUAAGAAUUUUCUCUUUAGAAAUGUGACCAGCAAUUUUCUUAACAUUUUUUUCUCAAAUGGCAUCCGUGAAUACCUGAGACACAAUAUUUACCAAUUGUCUAUGGUGGUUCUCUUAUGGUAUUAGGUUAUAAAUAUUGUGCUCGUUUGAAAGAAAUCAUAGUUGAAUGAUAAAUAACGAGAUAGAAAAUGAAAAUUAUAAUUUCUUCCACGAUAUUCUCCACCGUUUGUAAAUCAACGGAAAUUCGGUGGACAAUGUGAAAUUUAAGUAAAAGUAUAACAAUGAAAUCUGUGUACAAAUUGUUUUUCUUGUGCCUUAUCUUUGUUGCUUUAAUAAUACUACUUAAUUUGACCAAUUUCUCAAACAAGAUAUACAAUGCACAAACCAAAGAAGCUGCCAUUCUCCCAAUACCAGCAAAAAAGAUCUUACCACCCCCGAUAACAGGGGAAGUAACAAUAUGCGUGGUGGUGUGUGGGGACAGAUUGGAUGAAUCUCUGACUAUGCUUAAAUCUGCAUUAGUUUUCACAAGAAGACCCUUGCAGUUCAUUAUUCUAGCAGAGACUAAUAUAAUUCCUGCAUUCAACGAAAAGCUAACAGAAUGGAAGCUUAUAUCGAAUAAAACGUUUGACUUCGUAGUUAAACCUAUAACAUUUCCUGAGGGAAGCGACGCAGCCAUGUGGAAGAAACUGUUUAAACCAUGCGCAGCUCAAAGAUUAUUUCUACCUACAGUUUUAAACGACACGGACGCUGUUUUAUACGUGGACACAGAUACCUUAUUCCUAGCUCCACCAGAGACAAUUUGGGACGAGUUCAAAAAGAUGAAUUCCAGUCAGCUGGCUGCUCUGAGUCCAGAACACGAAGAUCCUAAUACAGGAUGGUAUAAUAGAUUUGCAAAGCACCCAUAUUAUGGUAAAUUAGGUGUAAACUCAGGCGUGAUGUUAAUGAAUUUGACAAGGAUGAGAGAAUUUAGGUGGAUAGAAUACGUGAUACCUAUACAUAAGGAAUAUAAAUUGAAGAUAACAUGGGGAGAUCAAGAUAUAAUAAAUAUAAUAUUUCAUUAUCAUCCUGAGAAGCUUUAUGUAUAUUCCUGCAGAUAUAAUUACAGGCCUGAUCAUUGUAUGUAUAUGCCUGUUUGUACCAAGGCUGAGAAAGAAGGUGCUUUGGUUUUGCAUGGUUCCAGAGGAACGUUUCAUUCUCAGAAACAGCCACCUUUUAGAGCAAUUUACCAAGCUAUGGAAGAAUAUCAAUUAAAUACAGAUCCCUAUGACUAUCUGUUGAUGCCAAUGAGAAGUUAUUUAGCUCUGGAACACAAAUCUAAUUGUGGAAAAGUAUGGAAAGUAUUUAUUAUUCAACCUGAAUUACAUCUAGGCCAGCAAUAAUAUUUAAGCGUUUUUUUUUCUAAACUCAUAGAAUAUAAAGUAUUCAUCAAAACAUUCGAAACAUUUAACACACUAUACUGUGUAAGUAAGUAGUACUGCUCCUUAACAUAAAUCCUAUACAUAGACUGAUCAUA